AUGGGCAGGCGAAGUGGGCGGCGCCGGCCGCUCCUUCGUAACCCACCGGGCUCUCUGCGCUGCCGGCCGGUCCGGUCUCCCGCUGCUGACGGGUUUCUCUCGCUCGACCUGAUGGUGCGCCAAGCGGCCGAGAUGAACGGGCUGGAGGUCCAGCCGCCGCUCAGCGCUCGCGAUCUCCUGGACGCGGCGGCCACUUUCUGCGACCCGCGGAGCCUCUUCCCGACCUCGCAGGCGCCCAGAGUCCCGCAUCACGGCAGCUACGGCCUGGGCGAUUCGAGCGGCGGCGGCGGCGGCGGCUGCUCCCCUUAUCUGUGGCUCAACGGUGCGCCCGUCGCGCCGAGCCCUUACUUGGCCGGUCCCAACGGGGCGUCCGGCUCCUUCGUGCCCUCGGCGGCUUACGGGACGGGCGCCCGGCAGCUGCUGGCCGCCCAGGCGGCGGCGGCGGCGGGACCCCCCGAGCUCAGCUGGCUGUCCCUAACCGGCCACCAGCAGGAUUUCUUCAAGCUGGUGCGGCCGCCCUACUCCUACUCGGCGCUGAUCGCCAUGGCCAUCCAGAGCGCGCCGGCCAAGAGGCUGACCUUGAGCCAAAUCUAUCAGUACGUGGCCGGCCACUUCCCUUUCUACAAGAAGAGCAAAGCCGGCUGGCAGAACUCCAUCCGACACAACCUCUCGCUCAACGACUGCUUCAAGAAAGUGCCGAGGCUCCAGGACGACCCAGGUAAAGGGAAUUACUGGACCCUGGAUCCCAACUGUGAGAAGAUGUUUGAUAACGGCAACUUCAGAAGGAAGAGGAAAAGACAGUCUGAUGCAGCCGGUGGGCCUGGAGCCCAUAACAAAAUGGAGGACAAAAGUAACAGUUGUCUUGUUCAGCCGAGCCCUGAAGCUGACAGCUUGGGCUCUGGUGAGCUGCAGUGCUCUCUGGGAUCUAUGAAUGACUGCAAAUCUCCCAGCCUGGACUCUAACCAUUGUUUCUCCACAUUUGUCUCAACCAUGAACGUUGUGGCCCAUGGCCGGAAUGGUUUCCCCAGACAGCUUUCUGGUGGGCCGGUAUCCGAAUUCACACCCGGGAGGCAGAACGGGCCCAAUUUGAACUCCUGCUCUCCUUCAAAUAGCCUCCCAGCUUCAGCAUUUGAACUCAGUUCCCACUCCCACUCCAGGAUGAAUUACUAUGCAGGUGUUGGUGGGCAGUCAAGCUGGCUCAACAGUCCUGUCCUGAGCACCUUUAGUGUGAACAAUCUGAUUUAUAGCAGAGAAGGGACAGAAGUUUAA